ACUCAACGUGAACGCGAUUUGUGAAAACAUGUCCGCCUUUUGUGUUUAUUGACGUAAAUAUUGGUAAAAAUCAUCCUGUGUUUCAAUCUGAGUGGUGAUUUUCGGUGCUAAUCAGUUUUAUAAUGUGUGUGAACGUGCAUUGAUAAGUUCAUAUGAGGCUGCUAUACAAAACUGGACCGAUGGAGUCGCUCAGAAAAUGGUUCUACAAACCAAGGAGGGACGACCGUUCAUUGCUCGCUCAGUUCUUUUUCGCCGACGACGCCUUGAACAUGAUAGCUGCGGAGUUGGACUCGUUCGACGGUCGGAAGGACCCCGAGCGGUGUUCCACGCUGGUCAACCAACUGCGACACGCGCAGGACAGGGUGCUCAACAUCACCAGCCAGAUCAUGGACCAGGUGCUGGGCGACGAGCGGGUGGCGAGAGGGUUCCGCGUCAAGUUUCCCGAGGACGUCCUUCAGGACAACCUGGCCGGACAGCUGUGGUUUGGUGCUGAGUGCCUGGCAGCGGGGUCCUCGAUAAUGAACCGGGAGGAGGAGUCGGCAGCCAUGCGGCCUCUAGCGAAGGCGCUGACGCGGAGUCUUGAAACGGUCCGCUCUCUUCUGCGCGAACAGUGCUUGCGACCGCGCGGUCUAGCUCUGCAAGACCACGACGACAUGUUGCAUGAGAGUCUGAGGAUAUUCGACAGAUUGUUCGCGGAGUUCGAGCUGUGCUAUGUGAGCGCGAUGGUGAACGUGAAGACGCCGCACGAGUUCGAGGCGCAGCAGCUCAUCUGCGUGCUGUUCUCCGAGAGCCUGAGGAGGGCGCUCAAGCAGAACCUGCUCACGCAGGAGCAGGUGGACUCCUAUGACCCAGCUCUGAUGUUCGCGGUGCCGCGCCUAGCCAUUGUGAGCGGCCUGCUCAUCUACUCUAGUGGCCCGCUCAGCAUAGACAAGAUGCCGGAAGAAAUGUCGGACAUGUUUCGUCCGUUCCGCACCCUGCUGCACAAGAUCCGGUCCUUAUUGUGGACCCUGGACAGGCGGGAACUGUUGGCGCUGGAGCGAUUCCUGUGCAGCAACGAGGAUGUCUCCAAUCUGGCUGCCUUCGAAAUACCUGCUGACGAAUCGACGCAAGACUCUUGCUACCCUGACAUUGGCGAGUUCGUCUCGAAGUUCUACGCCGACCAUGCUCAUUGCCGAGAUCUGUAUACUACACAGAGUUCGAGUGAACCAACAAUAACAGACGGCGACUACCUGCCUGACAACAUCGAAGUGAUGACACCAAUCAUUGACGGACUGAGGCGCCUCAGCGAAGAUGUCGACGAAUCGGAGAGAGAAUCCGAAAUAGAUGACAGACAUACAGACACAGCGAGCGUAGACACAUUCCACACAAACGAAAGCAGAGAUUUCGAUAGAACAAGAAAAAUCAGCAGACCAGAAAGCGACAUUUCCUCACUGAGAAACCUUUCGACGAACGGCCUGAUGAUGUUCGAUCCGUUGGUAAUAAACGCGGUAUCCGCAUCAACGUCUGGUGAAAACAGACAGUUACCAGACACAGAACUCGUCACAUCACUAAAUGAGCAAGUCAAUGAGAUUGUCGACAGAUUGUCAUCGAUCGUUAGUGAUGUAGACAUUCACGACAUGAAGAACCAUUCGUUCUCCACGAACGAUGUGCCGACACUUAUAUCUAAUGACAGUUCAGAAGACUUCGGCUUCAGUGGACCGAGGAUUGAACAAUUGAGUUGUAUGCCGUCAACGAGUCACGGAUAUUUAAUACCGAAUGCAAUUAGUCAAGAACCAGUCGUAUUGGCAUCACUAUCACACAAUAAUUCGGCAGUUUUCAAUCAAAAUGAAGAUGAUUUCAAUCGAUCAAUACUCAACUCUGAUGUCCAAUUGAUGAUACCUAUGGACGCUGAUGCUGUUAACAUGGAUAUGACAAUUGCUAGUGUCAAUUUGAGUCAACUUUUGAUAGCCAAAGAAGAAUUGAAAGAAAACUGUGAUGACAAUAUUGAAGAAAUAGAACCUAGUUAUUCAGAUGAUAUAGAUAAAGAGGAAAGAGUCAAAUUUGUGUUGGGAUAUGAAAGUGAUCACGAUUCGCCUGCAGAUUCCGGUGUUAGCACAGAGAACACCAGCUUGGACAGAUCUCCUGACACAGAACAGAACAGAAACAUUAAAGAGAGUCAUUUCAUGCAACAGAACAGGGUAUUAAAGAGUCCAGUAGAUGAAAUUAUAGAUGGCAAAGACAAGAAUACUCUAGAAAGUUCCUUCUCAGAUGUCAGAGACGACAUUGUAAAUAUAAAUUACGUCGAAGACGAUACUCAGAAGAACGAAGCCGGCUCAUCUCGUAUAGACAAUUUAAACAUAGAUAGGUUAAACGACGAGUCGAAUGAAGCGACCAGUGUAAAUAGUGGUUCUGUACAAAAUUGGGGUUCCGCAGACGCGCAAGAGGAAUUCAAAACCAUCGAAGAUGUUAUAACAGAAUUGCGAAGACACAGAGAAUCUGAUAAGAAGAUUAGUUCUCUGAUAGAAGACAAUAAUAGAACGAACGAGCCCAAUUGUUCGCAGAGCAGCAAUUCUAGAAGGAAAACGAAAAAAACAAGUUCGAAGAGUAAAAAAAAGAAAAAACUCUGGUCUCCUGUAGGACACGUCAUAUUGGAGAACAGAACGACCCAAAAUCAAAAUAGUCCAUUGAGAUUGAAUUUGGAUCAUUUUGUUGAUGAAAGCGGCGCGUCGGAGUGCGCGGACGACGAGCAGAUAGCGUUGGCGCUGCAGGCUCAAGAGUUGGCAGCGCGGCAGCAGGCCAGGGGGAAGUUCAAGUCAAGCGAAGAUCUCAUCCACCGGCUGUUCGUGUGCAUAGCGGGCGUAGCCGACCAGCUACAGACCAACUUUGCGGCCGACCUGCGCAACAUACUGAAGGCCGUGUUCCUCAUGAACCAGACCGGAGACGCGCCGGAGCCCAAGCACGAGGAGACCAUCGUGUACCAGCCCACCGAGGACCAGGUCAUGCAAAACGGCAGCUCAUUCGACAGUGUGUACUCAGCAGAGGAAGUAUACGCUGACAGCAACUCUGAUUCCACCGCGUCUGAAUCCAACACGCGACUGACGCGUCGCAACACAGUGAACGCGACGACAAUCAGCGAACAAGCGACACCUACCGAGACGAGGAGGAAAUCCGUCGACAACACUGGGAACUUGCAGGCUUCUGUUUCCACCGGAGAUCUCACUUAUACUAGGGAGGCCCGCUCGCAGCCGGCCAGUGUGGAGCGCGCGCCGGAGUGGGUGCCGGACAUCGCGGCGCCCGCGUGUAUGCGGUGCUCCGCGCACUUCACCGCCUUCAAGAGACGACACCACUGCAGAAAUUGCGGUAAAGUAUUCUGCGCGUCAUGCAGUUCGAACUCCAUACCUUUGCCUAGAUACGGUCAGAUGAAGCCGGUACGCGUCUGUGAGGAAUGCUUCCAGUCGAUAGCGCAGCAAUGUCGGCGGCAGACGUCGCACUAUCGGUGAAAAUGUACGUUGUUUUUGUUAACCUCCGCCACUCGAUUAUGAACGUUAUGCACUGUGGAAUAAAGCUCAGUUUUCAUUGCUGUAAUCGCGUCAAACUAGGCAAUAAUCGUCACACUAUCGGUGAAUGAUACGUUGUUUUAUGUCAUUCGAUUGUGAACCUUACGUACUGUUUAAUAGUGUUCAGUUUUCAUUGUAACGAUCGCGCUUUCAACGUCUUACAAUCGGCGAAGAUGUUGUUCUAUGUCAUUUGAUUGUGAACCUUAUGGACUGUGGAAUAGUGUUUAGUUUCAUUGUCAUAAUCGCGUAAAAUGUCAGCUAUUGAUACGGUCAGACAAUGCUGGUGGACGUGAUGUUGAAAAUGUACGUUGUUUUUCCUUUAACCUCUGCCAUUCGAUUGUGAACCUUAUACACUGUGGAAUAGAGCUCAGUUUUCAUAGCUACUUUUGCGUAAAAAGUGUUUUUAUUUUGUGUAUACAACUUUCCUGUCUCCUUUCUACAUCUCUUGUCUCUGAUUUCGUCUUCUUAUCUUGGGCAUUUCUAUUUUUGAACUGAUAAUUUCUUAUGGUAGGGUAAACCGCUUGUGACGUAACGCGUUACGGCGGCACUCUGGCUUCCCUCUCUCUCACGCAUACAGUAGCAGGUUUAAGUUAUCACGUUUUGCUUCUUGUAGCUUAUUCAAGGAUUUUUAAGGCGAAUUUCUAUUUGAGUAAAAAGCAAAUCUUUUUUUUUAAUAAUUUUAAUUCCACUGAUACUUUUAAAUUAAAAAAAGUAAUAUUUUAUUCACAUACACGUACCUAAACAUAUUUAUUCAGUUAUCUGGUUGCAUUAAUUCAAUCAAAACUUAAUUUUUUUGAAUAAACUGAAUCUAAAUAACGUGUAUUAUAAUAGUGAAACGAAAUACAUAAAGUAUUUCGUUUCACGACAUCGAUCUCCUAAUAAAAAGUGGAUGCACAAUCGGCGAUCAAAAAACGUCCAUACUCAAUGAGUGCCAAACACAAUUUGUUGGCACUCAAUUCAAGUAUGGCAUUUGCAAAUGCAACCUUAAACUCAACACUUAAGGUUGAAUUUGCUCUGAAUUUGGGAUUUUAUUGAAUAUUGGACUAUAUUUAAAGGACUUUUAGGUAUAAUUUUCUUUAUCAAUAAUACUAAAACUGUUAAAGCAAAAUUGGCCAGUUUUUAAGUGAAAUUUUCUACAUAAUUGUGCGUCCUUUUAUUAUAAGAGGUCAAUGAUUCACUAUUAUAAUACACGUGUGACAUAAACAGAGCGAGUUUUGGUAAGAACAGUAAUUUUUUUACUAUAUUACAUUGUACGACAAUAAUGUGUUGUUGUGAUAUUAGUUUUUGGUUUUUUGAUAUGUAUGUAGAUAAAAUAAGUAUUCCCUACAGUUGAUCCAUCAAAAUAAAUACUUAAUAUUAUAAAGCUGAAGAGUUUGUUUGUUUGAUUGAACUCAGGAACUACUGGUCCGAUUUGAAAAAUUCUUUCAUUGUUAGAUAACCCAUUUAUCAAGUAAGGCUAUAGGCUAUAUAUUGUCCACGUAUUCCUACGGGAACGGGAACCACGCGGGUGAAACCGCGCGGCGUCAGCUAGUAUUAAAUAAGAUUUAUUCUACUGUUCAUAAUGUUCAAAAUCGAAUGGUGAGUUUUAAUAUAGUACAUUUGUUACAUUGCCCACUUAUAAAAAAAUGUACAUUUAUAAGAAUUAAAUGAAAAAAUAUUAAUCGGUAAAUAAUAUUUUCAUUCUUUGGUUUAUUGUACAUUGAUUUAUACAAAAAUUAUGAAAAACAAAAAACAAAUCCUAAACGGGUACAUACCACGAUAAAACGACGAGAUUUUUAUUGUCGAUAUUUCGACCCAGUUGCAUGGAUCGUGGUCACGACGGGACGGGUCCCGUCGUGACCACGAUCCCGAUAGGGUAUGUACCCGUUUAAAUAACAUUCAUAAUGAACAACCACGAAAUAAGUUUAAAAUCAUUAACAAAUCCUAAGUUUGUAAAUAUUUUUAAUACCAUUUUUUUUGACAUAUUUUGCCAUAUUUUUAAUAUUUUAUUAACCAAAGUGAAUUUCCACAGUAAUUUAGAAAAAAUAAUCACUGAAGAGGUGUUUUUAAGUCUUUUGUUUUUUUCCGAACUUUGUGAUAUAUUAUUCCAUACUAACCCCUCCCUAGUUGACUGUAAGCUGUUAUUAUUAUGAUUAAUUAUUAUUGAUAAUAAAAUUUAAAAAAAAAAUGUAUUUUUUCCAUAUCGACUGAUGUUAAUGUUAUUCGUGUUAAGUCAGUUUUGGUGAUGUAGCUCUCUAAUACAUAGAUAAUGUUCGGCCGCUCAGAGAUUGCGAAUCUGACAAGUCGUGAGCGAAUGAGCGUACAAGGUUGUUGAACUGCGCUGUUUCAAGGUUAUGGCAACUGUUUGUCUUUGUAGAGAUGAAACAAAAAAUUAGGCACUUGUAAUUGAAUAUGUGUGUCCCAUUCGAUCACGAUCUAUCAGAAACGCAAUUUCUGAGCGGCCGGACUUUAGUUGUUAUGAUUACAAAUAAGCACAACUUGUUGGCAGCGGUUUAUUGACACCCUUUGGUCUAAGAAUGUCUUUGUGUAACUUUUGGGACACAAUCAGUUGAAUUAAGCCAAUUGGCACACUCACAAAUAGUGUGAAGAACUGUUUAAAAUUGAAAAUAUUGAUGAUUUUUGACCAAUGGCGUGCACAAGGAUUUUAAUUAGGGUAUGCACUACAUGUACAAAUCGUACAUGUAGUGCAUACCCUAGUGUAGAUUCGUAGCAAGCACUGUUUUUGGCGACAUAUCUAACCCGGUCUAAUGUACAUAAACCGCAGAAAACCAGCUGUGCCUUCAUUAUUCCUUUUUGUAUCGUACAACCUUUCGUACAUAUGCCAACCACUGGCAUCCAUACAAAAUUGUUUAUAGUGGCGAUGUAAGGAUUAAUUUACGCGUAGGCGAAGCUAUUUCUUUCUUUUUUUUUUAUUCUUUACAAGUUAGCCCUUGACUACAAUAUCACCUGAUGGUAAGUGAUGAUGGUAUCUAAGUUGGAAGCGGGCUAACUUUUUAGGAGAAGGAUGAAAAUCUACACCCAUUUCGGUUUUACACGUCAUCGUACCGGAACGCUAAAUCGCUGGCGGUACGUCUUUGCCGGUAGGUGCCAUUAUUACAGAUCAAAGAACCCUUCACAUUUUAAUUAGGUCUUUGAGCAGUUUUCUACCAGAAAACAACAAAUUAACAAACAAUACCCAAUCAGAUUUUCUACAGCAGGAAAUUUUAAUAAGAAAAUUGGAUAUUUCAAUUCAAAUAGAAUCUUCCAUAAACCCUCAUUCGCACGAGAGUUUUUUUAACGGACGUGCGAAGCGUUCAAAUACAACAAAUGCUUUCUCAUUGCAUUUUCAAUUUUGAAUUGCGUUGAAAAUGGACUUUCAUACAAUACGCUUCGCCCGCCUACGCUGGGUUUUAACGCAUCGCUUUUUAAACUCUUGUGCGAAUUAGGCCUAGGCCUCUCUGUAAUUCAUCACAGUCUCAAUUCUGUAAUUCAUCACAGUCUCAAUUCCCGAAUUUUUUUCCCGAUAAUUGGAAUAUUACAAUUAGUGCUAGAAAGCUUAUUGGAGUGAUCUAUUACCAUGAUUUUAGCUUUGCUACGAUUAAUAGAAAGGCAUAGCUCCUCAAAGUGACCUCAUAUGAGGUAAAAUAGGCCGCUUCGCCCACUUCUUGUUACGCUACUGACUUUUCUUUAGUGAAAGAACAACAUUUUGUAUAGAUGCCAACAGUUAGCAACGGAAUUCAAUAUUAUCACAGUAUAUUACAGUGGAACCACUUCAUAUAAGUUACAACAAAAUUUCUUAGAUAUGAAAAAUAUAUUAUUUGAAUUUUACCCAUAAUCAGUAUCGGUUAUAAAUUGGUAAUUAAAAAUAAAAUUAAUAAACGAAUAUAAUCAAAAAAAACUAUUGGAGUAACUUAUAAAAGUGGUUCCACUUUAGUUGAUUAUUUUAUACGCGUGUAACUAUCAACAAGUUUAUUUAUAUCCGACUAGCAGACGCCCGCGACUUCGUCCGCGUGGAAUUCUGUUUUUCACAAAUCCCGUGGGAACCAUGGAUUUUGAAAUGAAAAGUAGCCUAUGUGUAAUGUGUUAAUCCUUAGUAAAGUCUAUUUUAAUUCCAAAUUUUAGAUAAAUCGCCGCAAAAUCGACAAGGUUUCAUAGAAACUUUCAUCCCCUAUUUUAUCCCCUUGGGGGUAGAAUUGAUCAUAAUCCUUUCUAAGCGGAUGCCUACGUCAUAAUAUCUACCUACAUGCCAAAUUUCAGUCCGAUUUGUUCAGUGGUUUGGGCUAUGCGUUGAUAGAUCACUAUGUCAGUCAGUCACCUUUGAGUUAUAUAUAUUCCUUUUCCCGUAGGAAUAUAGCCUAUAGCACUCGGGGAUAUAUGAGCUGUGAUAGCCCAGUGGAUAUAACCCCUGCCUCCGAUUCCGGAGGGUGUGGGUUCGAAUCCGGCCCGGGGAUGCACCUCCAACUUUUCAGUUGUGUGCAUUUUAAGAAAUUAAAUAUCACGUGUCUCAAACGGUGAAAGGAAAACAUCGUGAGGAAACCUGCAUACCAGAGAAUUUUCUUAAUUCUCUGCGUGUGUGAAGUCUGCCAAUCAGCAUUGGGCCAGCGUGGUGGACUAAGGCCUAACCCCCCAUUCUGCGAGAAGACUCGAGCUCAGCAGUGAGCCGAAUAUGGGUUGAUAAUGAUGAUGAUGAUGAUAUCAUUCGGGGAUAAUGUAGCUUCCCAACAGUUAAAUAAUUUUUCAAAUCGUUUCAGUAGUUCCAGAGCCUAUUGAAAGCAUACAAACGAACAAUCAAAUCUUUCAUCUUUGUAAUAUUAGUAUAGAUAACAAAUUUCGACGACCUCCGUGGCGCAGUGGUGCGCGUGGUGGAUUGAAGACGGAGGUCCUGGGUUCGAUCCCCAGCUGGGUCGAUUGAGGUUUUCUUAAUUGGUCCAGGUCUGGCUGGUGGGAGGCUUUGGCCGUGGCUAGUUACCACCCUACCGACAAAGGCGUACCGCCAAGCGAUUUAGCGUUCCGGUACGAUGUCGUGUAGAAACCGAAAGGGGUGUGGAUUCCUUCUAACAAGUUAGCCCGCUUCCAUUUAUAUUGCAUCAUCACUGACCAUCAGGUGAGAUUGUAAUCAAGAACUAACUUGUAAAGAAUAAAAAAAAAAAUAUAUAGUCUUACCGCAUUAUCAACGCAAGACGAAAGCUAGUGUGCAGUCCCAGGUUCAAUAUUUUUAAACCAUUUUGAGUAUUAUGCCAAAUACCUCUCCAUAGCUCAUAGUGUACGGUUUAAAGUAAUCAAACGUCCUUAUCAUCUCCUCAUUCUAGAUAAGACUCGUGCUCAACGGUGAGCCGAAUAUGGGUUUUUAGUCAUCACUAAAAACCCAUAUUCGGCUCACCGUUGAGCCGUCGUUUUUUCAAUUUUCAAUACAGUGGGUACAGAAUAUCAUCAUAUUCUGUACCCACUGUAUUGAAAAUUGAAAAAAUGAAGCAGAAAAUAAAACUUUGUUGAUGGUUACAAUAUAAAAUAUUCAAAAAAAAAAAAUGAUGAUACUAAGCAGAAACGGAAUCAAAACUGAAUUUAUUCGUGUAAUAGUAUUAAGUAGAAGCGUUCAAAUAGAAAUAUAUUUUUAAGAAUAACUAUAAACCUUUAUAUUUUCAAUACUGCUUAGAUGUAAUAGCAUAACUUUUAUAUUGAAUAGUUUUUUUUUCUUAAACUUCUAAUAAUUUCUAGACCCAUUUUUAGUUUUUUAGUUUGCUAAAAAUUUUAAUGAAAACAGUAACUGUCAAAAGUGCUUGUGAACUAUGCUUGCUUGAAAUUAAUUAAUUUUGAUAUUUUUUUUUCAUUGUUUAUUCGAAUUAGAAAAAAAUAUAGUUAUUGCUAUUUGUCUAAGCCCAUCACGAAUUGUAUUAAACAUAGGUGUAAUAAAAAAAUAUGACGAUUCCAAUAACUUUUUUAUAUCCAGCGGUGUUAGUUUAUAGGUUUUAAUAAAUGAAUAAUGAUAAUAAAUAAAUAAAUGAAUAAAAAAAAUUGAAAUUGUAUGUACAUUUUGUAAAGGUUGCAUAAUUUUUUGUUUAAUUUGUGUGUCCCUUCGUAUAUAUCGGCUUAGAUUGUAAAGCAUAUUUCAUCGUAUUUGCGAAGUCCAUCGAAUUGGGUACAUUACUUUUACCAGUAUUUUUUUAAAUUUAUUUUCUAUCCUUCUUUUUGGUAUUAAUAAUUUCUUGAUUUUCCACCAUAUUGAAUAUGCUCUGACGUCAUAAAGUCAUUCGUUUUAGUUGGGAGUCGAAACCUACAAUACAUAUUAUCGAGUGAGUAAUCUAAAUCAUAUACAUAUGUAUUUAAAAAAACUUAAAUCUCUUCAUCUAUGUAUGACGUAAUGAUAUAUAUUAGUGAUGUAUAAGUUAUUUGUAUAUUUGAUUAUUAUUUUUUCAUUUGUUUAAACGUGUAACAUCAAUGAUGUUAAAUACUGUUAGAUGUGUUACUAGGUCAUGAAAAAUGAGGCGCUCAACAGAGGAAAUUUCCACAUCUCAAUGUUAGUUGUGGUCAAUAACGAACGUUAUUUAAACAAAUAAUACCUAAAUAUUGUCUACAAUGUCGAGUUGUGUGUUCAGGAAGUGUAAAAACUAUAUAUUCAUAAAUAAAUAAUGGAGUUAAAGACAAAGUUGUGCAUGUGUGCGUUCAGAGUUGUAGUCUAUUAUUCGGAUCACUUUUCGCGGUGAUUUUGUAGGGACGUAACCGAUCUAUAGUAUAAAAUUAUCAUUGUGUAACAUGGUUUAUGUUUUAGUGUGAAAUUAUUUUAUUAUAGGUACAUAUGUUGUUUUUAUUAACAUCACUUGCAUUCUCGUGUUCAUUUUCCGAAACCUAAGGUUGCCUGGAAGAAAUAGCUAUUUAGCGAUAAAGGUGUCUUUUGUAUACAUGGACAUCAAUAAAGAAACGUACGGUCAGAACGACGAUGCAUUCUAAUAUUAAUUGAUUUUUUAGUGCAUAUGUGUAUAAUAUGUACCCAAUGAAACUUGUGUUAAAUACGAUCAAAGUUGGCUUUACUUUACGGAGCCGAUAUAGUAUAGGAAAGGAGGCGUUAGUUUUUUAAAAACUUUACUAUGUAGUUUCACAGAUAAGUCGAACGCACAUUUAAAAAUUAGAUGGAACACAAGGAUGAGUUCAUCACACAUUAAUAGGCUAGUUGACACUUUUUUUAAUUGGUCUUAUAAAGUGCAUAAUCGUUUUACUAGAUUAAAAAAAAUCAUAUUUUUUUUAAACGUGAUUACAUAUUUGUAUGAUUUUGACAAUACGAGCCCAAACGCCUGUCGGCCAUGACAGUCUAUAUUUCAACUGUUUCAUGACGUCACUACAAUGAAUCCCAUACAAAUGGAGCGUUUGACAAAAAUAUUACUUAACAAUUACUUCGACAUUUAAUACAUCGAGAGAGUUAGUGACGUCACAAAAUGGACGACAGCGUUUUUGACGUUUGGUAAAUUUUAAAAAGUACGUGAUAUUUAAAUUAAGUUUUAAUAGAAAUCCUUGACUUUCAUUAAUUUAUAUUGAUAUAUUUCGUACCCUUAUUCCAUGUACUACACGAAAUUAAUAUUGUUUAGGUAUAUUAAAUUUGAUUAAAGUCAACUGCCCUAUUUAGAGGAACUGUUUAAUUUAUCCCAUUGUUUUUUUUUAUCAGCUCGGGGUUCUAGUUUUUUGAGCUUUAUCUGAUUGAUGUAACGAAAACUGCGUUCGGAUACAUGAAUGAAACUUCAUAUUAUUGUUUUUUUUUUAAUUUAGGUCGUUAAUUUUUUGAUACUAAGUACCUAUUAGCUGUCGGAUAGCUUUUUGUAUGUUAUAUAGUAAUGAAAGAAAUAUAUUAUGUACCCUAUUCAAAAUACACUCGAGACCACAAAAAAUGUGUAAGUGAUAAUAUAUUAAAUGUGAUUAAAGUCAACUACCCUAUUUAGAGGAACUGUUUAUUUUAUCCAAUUGUUUUUUUUAUCAGCUCGGGGUUCUAGUUCUUUGAACUUUAUCUGAUUGGUGUAACGAAAACUGCGUUCGGAUACAUGAAUGAAACUUCAUAUUAUUGUUUUUUUUUUAAUUUAGGUCGUUAAUUUUUUGAUACUAAGUACCUAUUAGCUGUCGGAUAGCUUUUUGUAUGUUAUAUUGUAAUGAAAGAAAUAUAUUAUGUACCCUAUUCAAAAUACACUCGAGACCACAAAAAUGUGUAAGUGAUAAUAUGAUACUGUUAUAUAUAUGAUUCGUGUAAAAUAAAUGUCAGAUUUAUUAUUAGAUAA